UUUUUUUUUUAAUUCUUUUUCUUUUUUCAUUUUUUUUUUAUUUUGAAAACGUUAUUUUAUGGGAACUCACUUUCUUAGAAAAGUACAAGCAUGCUGUACAUUUACUCUUAAUGCUUCACCCGUUGUGUUACUAUUAGGUAUCUUUACUUGGGCAUUUUGGGCAUAUCAUUUCCGGUUAUGUUUGUAUUUGAUUCAAAACGAUGCAAUUACACAAGGUUGUCUUUACAUUCUAUUCUUUGAACCAUUCUUUUUCUUGGCUUUAUGGUGUUUUUACAAGGCAUCACGGACCUCACCAGGUAAUACGAUCGAUGUAAGUCUCAAAACAGGAAUUAUUUUGAAUUAUGAUCACCAUAAAACUGAAGGGCUAUACGAGACUUAUUCUUUCUAUUUAUAUCUUCAAGGCUGCCAAGAAGGAGGAACUAGUAGCGGAUGUUGAACAAGGAUACCAAGACAGUGAAUAUGUUCAACUACUACAAAGCCAACCACCUUCUACUCACCACCAUUCAGAAAUCGAAACGAAUUCAACCCACUUAUCUGAUAACAAUGUUGAUAGUCCUGCCAUCCUUCCUAUUGAUAAUACUAAUAAUAAUAAUAACAACAACAAC